UUCCUGGCGACCCCUCAGCGCCCCUCGGCUGAGAGUUUUGGAGGCUUCAGCCUCGGUGUCUGACUCCCGCGCCCGGGAGGCGCGGCGCGCACGGACGGACGGACGGACGGACAUGGACUCUGUGACCUUUGAGGAUGUGGCUGUGAACUUCACCCUGGAGGAAUGGGCUUUGCUAGAUUCUUCCCAGAAGAAGCUGCACAGAGAUGUGAUGGAGGAAACCCUCAGGAACCUGGCUGCUGUAGGUAUAGGAAAAAUACAGAAAGACCAGCACUUUGAAGAUGACUACAAAUAUUCCAUGAGGAAACUAAGAAAUAAAAUUGUGGACAAACUGUGGGAGCAAAGCGAAGGUAGUCGAUCUGGAAAAAUCUUCAGCCAGAUUCCAGAUACUAUUGUGAACAAGGAAACUUCUCAUGGAUUAAUGCUUUGUGAAAGCCAUGUGUGUGAAAACGUGCUCAUUGAUCAUUCAUCCCUUAAUGUACCUUUGGCUGUUCAGAGUGGACACAAAGCUUAUGAAUAUGAGAUAAAUAAAGACAGUCUGUAUAAACUUAGUGACUGUGGGCAAGCUGUUACUUCUCCUGAUUGCUUUGUAAAGCAGGAAGACAGUGACAUUGGACAGAGAUCCUAUGAAUUUAAUCAAUGUGAGGAUUUGUUCCAGAGUCACAGUUACAUGCAAAUACCUGAGAAUGACAACAAUAGAGAAGAAAUGUAUGUGGGUAAAAAGCAUUAUAAUGCCCUUACCUAUCCCAGUUUUCUUCAGUAUGUUGAACAGAGUCACACUGGAGAGAAACCCUAUGUUUGUAAGCAAUGUGGGAAAGCCUUCUCUUUUUUGAGUAAUAUUCGAAGACAUGAACGAACUCACACUGGAAUGAAACCAUACAGAUGUAAUACAUGUGAUAAGGCCUUCAGUUGUUUGACUAACUUUCAAGAGCAUGAAAGAACGCAUACUGGAGAAAAACCCUACUUAUGUACACAGUGUGGGAAAUCCUUUUCUUUUUUGAGUAAUAUUCGAAGACAUGAACGAACUCACACUGGAGAGAAACCAUAUAAAUGUAGUAUAUGUGGUAAAGCCUUCAGUUACCUGACUAACUUUCAAGACCAUGAAAGAACUCACACUGGAGAAAAACCGUAUGUGUGUACAGAAUGUGGGAAAGCCUUCACUUAUUAUUAUUCCUUCCAGACUCAUAAACGAUGUCACACUGGAGAGAAGCCCUAUGUAUGUAAGCAAUGUGGGAAAGCCUUCAGUUAUUACAAUUCCAUUCAAACACAUAAACGAUGUCAUACUGGAGAAAAACCCUAUGUAUGUAAGCUCUGUGGUAAAGCCUUCACUACUCUCAGUUCGCUUCGAUAUCAUGAGAGGAUUCACAGUGGUGAGAAACCCCAUGUAUGUUUGCAAUGUGGGAAAAGUUUUAAUUCUUCCAGUACACUUCGAAUACAUGAACGAACUCACACAGGAGAGAAGCCCUAUAAGUGUAAACAGUGUGAUAAGGUCUUUAGUGUUGACAGUUCCCUUCGAUGCCAUGAAAGGAUUCACAGUGGAGAGAAGCCCUAUGUUUGUAAACAUUGUGGGAAAGCCUUUACUCGUCACACUUCCCUUCGAUGUCAUGAAAGGAUUCACUGUGGCGAGAAACCCUACGUAUGUAAGCAAUGUGGGAAAGGUUUCAUAUCUUCCAGUAAUUUUCGAAAGCAUGAGUGGACUCACUCUGGAGAGAAAGUAUGUGUAUGUAAUGUAUGUGGUAAAUCUUUCACUGGUCACAGUUCCCUUCGCCGCCAUGAAAGGAUUCACAGUGGAGAGAAACCCUAUGUGUGUAGGCAUUGUAAGAAAGGCUUCUCUUCUUUGAAUGGUUGUCAAAGACAUGAACAAAUUCAUACUGGUGAGAAACCCUACGUAUGUAAGCAUUGUGGAAAAGCCUUCACUAAUCCCAGUGCUCUUCGAAAUCAUGAGAGGAUCCACAGUGGUAAAAAACCACACGUAUGUGAGCAGUGUGGAAAAGGUUUCAUUUGUUUUAGUAAGUUUCAGAUACAUGAACGGACUCACACUGGAGAGAAGCCGUAUCAGUGUAAGCUAUGUGGUAAAGCCUUCACUGGCCACAGUUCUCUUAGACGCCAUGAAAAGAUUCACAGUGGAGAGAAACCUUUUGUGUGUAAGCAGUGUGGGAAAUCCUUUUAUACUUUAAGUGAUUGUCAAAGACAUGAACAAGUUCAUACUGGCGAGAAACCUCACAUAUGCCAGCAGUGUGGGAAAGCCUUUACUCGUGCCAGUUCUCUUAAAAUACACGAAAAGGCUCAUGCUAGAGAGAAUUCCUAGGUAAAACACCAACUCAUGACUGUGUGUGUGUGUGUGUAACGUGUGUGCUGGGGGUGGGGGGAAGAAAUGUCCUGAUAUGGCACCCCAUGGACUCACCAGCAAUAGUGUGGGGCCAGGGGAAGUGUCAGGUAUUUUCAUCCAUCACUGGCCUGUUUUCCUAAGGACAGAGUAUUUUACUGAUUCCUAAGCUUACUGUUUGUGAUCCUCAGCAAUUGUCUGGUCUCCACUCCCCACAGGUUACAGAUGUGUGUGGCCCUGCCCAGCUGUUUUCAUGGGUUCUGGUCAUUUGAACUUGGAUAUUGUCAGACCCUUAUGCUUGUGCAGGAAGCACAUUUAACUGCUGAACCAUCUCUUCAGUCCUCUCAUGACCUUCCUAAUAACAUGGCAAUGCACAGGAAAGCUAGUGUUAUUGUUUAUAGGAGUGUCUCUAGGAAUCUUGAUUGAAUUCACAGGCAUAAGAGUACAUACUCUGUGAGAAACUUUGAAUAGUUACAUAAAUGUCUUCAGUUGGCCUAUCUCUGAGAAUGUACCUUGUAUCAAAACAGGUACAGAACCAUAGCAUUGUGAAUUUUUAAAAGUGUUUCAAAAUUUUGUGAAAAUUCCUCAUGUAACAGACUUCAUAAAUAUAUUUUUAAAAGUUU